GUCUUCUCCGUCUAUAAGUUUCUGCCACGUCUGAACGCAGAGGCCAUCUCUCAUCUGCUACAAUCAGUACAGUACAGUAAAGAUGGGAACUUUUUCUCCAUCACUUGCUAUAGGACCUGGAUGUUUGAAUUGUGGGGCUGCGGAAUUAUCUAAAUUGAUGGCUGGCACUCAUCAUAGAACUGUACAGAGUAUUGAUAGAAUAGAUGUAGGAACAAGGUGGUUGUUUGGAGAAAUUGCACACAAUGUUAUGAAAUCUCCUUAUCAAAGUCGUGAUCUGAAAACAUUUGCUGCAUCACGAGUUUCUGUUGAUCAAACUGAACAUCUGUUCACCAGUACUAGUCUAGUUGAAGAUGAAGUUAGAAAGCUAACAACGUAUCUCUUCAGGACAGAAGUUGGUGGAGAGGUGAAGGUUUUGGUUGGAAAGAUAAGUGUCAAACAUGUGGUAAAUAUUGAAGUCUCAUCCUUGCAGUUGUCUAGGAAUGACAGUCUGGUGCUAAGUUGGGGUAUACAUAGAUCUGAUCAAGAUCCUAAAACUAAGAUGGUUGAAACCCCAUUUAUACCAAGGUCUUUUGGUAGGUUGGCACUUGAGGUGGAGUUUGAAGCAAAAGAAGCUCCACUCUAUUUCUCAUUUCUGCUAAAACAUUCAUCAGAUGCAGAUUCAAGCAUAUCAGAGAUCAGGAGUCAUAGGAAGACGCAUUUCUGUGUGCCAGUUGGUUUUAAUCCAGGUUGUCCUGCUCCAUUGGGUGUGUCAUUUUCAAGUGAUGGAUCCAUGAACUUUGCCAUUUUCUCCAGGAAUGCUAAGAGUUUGGUUCUUUGCCUGUAUGAUGAUACUACGUUAGAGAAGCCCGCAUUGGAGCUUGAUCUCGAUCCCUACGUCAAUCGAUCUGGUGAUGUUUGGCAUGCCUCCAUAGAUGGUGCCUGGAAUUUUGUGAGCUAUGGUUAUCGUUGCAAGGGAGAUGGAAAGGGAUUUCAAGCAGAGCGUGUCCUUUUGGAUCCAUAUGCUAAAAUUGUCGGCAGUUCGAUUCCUAGUCAGCAUGAGUCUGGUUUGCUUUUGAAAUAUCUUGGCCGGCUAUGCAAGGAACCUGCUUUUGAUUGGGGUGGUGAUGUUAGACCAAACUUACCUAUGGAAAGAUUAGUGGUUUAUCAGCUGAAUGUGAUGCGUUUUACUGAACACAAGUCCAGUAACCUACCUGCUGAUGUGGCCGGGACCUUCUUGGGUGUAACUGAUAAGGUGCAGCACUUAAAAGAUCUUGGCAUGAAUGCAAUCUUAUUAGAGCCGAUAUUCACAUUUGAUGAGCAAAAAGGACCCUAUUUCCCAUGUCAUUUCUUUUCACCAACAAACCUCUAUGGGCCUUCCAAUGGUUCUGUAUCUGCUAUUAACUCAAUGAAGGAAAUGGUGAAGAAAUUGCAUGCUAAUGGAAUAGAGGUCUUUCUGGAAGUUGUUUUCACAGCUACUGCUGAGGGUGGGGCCCUGCAAGGAAUUGAUGAUGCAUCAUAUUAUUACGGGAAUAAAAUGAAAGAGUUGGGAGCAAAAAAUGCUAUGAAUUGUAACUAUUUUAUUGUCCAACAGAUGAUUUUAGACAGUCUCCGGCAUUGGGUGACCGAGUUUCACAUUGAUGGCUUCUGUUUCAUCAAUGCUUCGUUUCUGUUGAGAGGGUUCCAUGGUGAAUACUUGUCUCGGCCUCCUUUGGUUGAGGCAAUUGCUUUUGAUCCACUACUCUCUAAGACCAAGAUCAUUGCAGAUUGCUGGGAUCCACAUGAAAUGGUGUCAAAGGAAAUCCAUUUUCCUCAUUGGAAAAAAUGGGCGGAGAUGAACACAAAGUUCUGUGCAGAUGUGAGGAACUUUCUAAGGGGUGAGGGUGCCAUUAGUGACCUUGCAACACGGCUUUGUGGUAGUGGUGACAUAUUCUCAGACGGGCGAGGCCCAGCAUUUUCUUUCAAUUUUAUUGCAAAAAAUUUUGGACUUACUCUUGUGGACUUGGUCAGCUUUAGUAUGACUGAGUUGGCUUCAGAAUUAAGUUGGAACUGUGGGGAAGAAGGACCUACAACUAAACCUGCUGUCCUUGAAAGAAGACUCAAACAAAUUCGGAAUUUCCUCUUCAUUUUAUUUGUUUCACUGGGGGUUCCUAUUCUUAACAUGGGAGAUGAAUGUGGCCAAUCUUCUGGUGGUUCCCCAUCGUAUGGCAGCAGAAAGCUUUUUGAUUGGAAUGCUCUGACAACAGGGUUUGGCAUUCAAAUCUUACAGUUUAUCUCAUUUUUGAGUUUAAUUAGAAGCAGACGAAGUGACCUUCUGCAGAAGAGGAACUUCUUGAAAGAAGAAAAUAUUGUAUGGCAUGGAAGGAACGGGUCUCCACCAGGAUGGGAAAAUCCCUCCUGCAAAUUUCUGGCAAUGACUCUGAAGGCUGACAAACCAGAGAGUGAGUCUAGCUCUGAGGAUUCUGAAGUGAUGGGUGAUCUGUUCAUUGCCUUCAAUGCAGCCAAACAUUCUGAGAGUGUUAUUCUACCCUUACCUCCAGAAGGCAUGGCCUGGCAUCGUUUAGUUGACACAUCUCUACCGUUCCCAGGGUUUUUCUCAGUUAAUGGCACGCCCGUCCCUGAGCAAAUGGUGGGAUUAGUUACUUACGAAAUGAAGUCUCACAGUUGCUCCUUGUUUGAAGCCAGAUUGCAGCGAACUCCACUGUCAAUCGAGCUUUAAGGUGCAACGUUUUUGUUUAUUCUCCUGUGCAGAGUAUUCUGUGUAUAAAAUAAAAAGCAUAAGGCCUGUAUAAAAUAAAAGGCAUGAGGCCGGCGCACCAAUGAAGAUGAUACUCGGCAAUUAAAGAUGUAUAUACGUAUCAGUUUGUUGUCAAUAAAAUCAUCAUCUAGUU